CUCCGCCGUAGUAUGCUGCCAGGAUCAAGAACGAAAACAAGGGUGUGACCGAGAGCAGAGAAAAUAUGUUUUCCUCCUCAUUUUUGUGAAAGAAAAGUGGAAAAUUUUGCCUGCCAGACCACUUACAUCGUCCUAAUUAAUAGCACCAAAAGUGUGUAACCGUGCAGUGAGUGCCUGAAAUAUGGAGUACAGGCUUAAUUAGUGCUAGAAGGACAGUUAAACGAACUCAAAGUACACGAAACAAAAAAUCAAGUGAAAGAUGACUUAAAUAUUGAGUGGGUGCUCUUCCCUGGCGAAUGAGACUUUUUCCUCUUCGUCAUUACACACGUCCUAGCCCUCAUUCAAGCCACCGUGACGUCCUUGUUCUUUCCAUAUCCUUACUUUUGCACAAAAGGAUAUCGAUGGUUGUGCAAAAGAUGGAGAUUUUCGCUCGAUUGGAAUCUCCCACCACGGGAGCGAUAAAAAAGUGAAUCAUUAAGGGAAAAGUGUAUUGCCUCAAGAGUACCCAGUUUGCAUAAUUGAGAAGACAGGAUACUUGUUCGUCGCCGGUGCAAAGUUGAAUCAUCUAUUUGCAGCCUGCCAGGAGCCUGAGGUGUUAUUUAGUGUGCGUGCGUGGUUUUGUGUGAUUUAUUGCUAGUGACAUGCAGGGCUCAACUCCGCCAAUAUCGGGAUACUCGGGAUAUCCCGAGGAUGACGAUCAAUACAAGGUGCCGUUGAUCGCCAAACUGCUACAUGCAUUACCUCACUAUAACAUUACUUUCCAUCGGAUUAAUAAUACGUUUCGACCCUCAAACGAUGUCUAUCUAGAGAGUCUAGGUAUCCUGGGAUCGAUACCAGCCGCAUUGUUAAUAGUAUCACUUUUCGGGCUUCUGCUAUACCUCUUGACACGAUGUUGCGACCGUAAGCCCCGACCAGCCCAUUCAAUUACCAGCCUGAAAGUUACCCUUUCCAUCGUGACGGUCCUCUGCUGUGCAGCUAUCGGAUUGGGCCUCUACGGGAACGAUGAUUUACACAAUGGACUCCUGGAAGUGUUGCAAGCUGGUCGAAAGGUGGAUACUGCCGUCUCGUCGGUACGAAACCAGACGUUCAUCUUGGAGAACACUCUCACCAUGAAAAUCCAGCAGCAGCUCACCGAGCUCGAGGACAUAUUCGAUGGAAAAACGAACAAUCAUACCGCACUGUUGCAGUUGCAAUCGGCGCUGGCAGCCACCAAAGGAAAUGUCACGAUUGCCAAGAACGCGGCUAAUGAUAUCCGCCGGCCGCUCGUUGGGCUAACAAUAACAGAUUUUCUCUCGAAAGGAGACCAGUGGGAACUGAUUAGGUGGCCAGGCACAGUUGCCAUUCUAGCGCUUCUGCUAGUGUUGUGUGCCGUUUUGCUGGUAGGAGUUGCACGUCACUCGCGAUGUGCCUUGAUUCUGUUCAGCGUGUGUGGACUGUUGGCCGUUACAGGAUCCUGGCUCAUGUCGGGCCUUUACUUGUCUACUUCGGUCGCCGUUGGAGAUCUGUGUAACGACCCGGCUGAUUUUCUCGUACAUCAAGCACCCAACGAGUUACCGUCGGACAUUCUACUGUAUUAUACACAAUGUGACGUUUCACGUUCAAAUCCAUUCACUCAACGACUUCGCGAAUCACACAAUGCCAUCAACAACGCUCGAAACUCGAUGACCACUGUUUCAAAAAUAUCCCCGGUACUGUUUAAAAACGCCGGACUAGGGCCUAAGCUGGGAUCAGUCAACGCAGACAUCAAACUGUGCGAGCGCAUUCUGACGCAGUUGACGGCCUUGGUUGACUGCAAAGCGGUUCACUAUAGUUAUCUAAGCGCAACACGUGGCCUCUGCGAGGGAGGACUGCUAGGACUUGUACUUAUGCUGAUUGCUAGCUUCAUGGCAGCAAUUCUACUCACUGUGAUGGUUUGGGUUGACUCGCAUACGUGGAUAUAUAUUAGAAAAAGGAACGACUAUGCUCAAGUAGAAGAACAAUCAUAUGUAUCAGCCCAUCAACUUCAUCCUCAAAACCAUCAGAAUAUGAAUACCAGAACACUGCCACAUCAACAUAAGGGCCCACCGGUGAUCAGUGGCUCCCAAACAUUGGCACAUCCAGGACGAAACCUUAAACAUGAAAUGACCCCUCAGCAGCAGGCCCACUUGCACCAUCAUCAUCAGGCCAUGAUGAGACAAGGAGGAACGCAUACCCUCGGACGAUUACCAUCUCACAAUAACAGUCCAACCCACAUGCAUGGACCAAACAACGGCAAGUACGCCACUCUGAGCAAGCACUGCAAGACAUUAGACGCAAAUGAUUUUUACUGAAGUUACGCCGCCUGUAACGAUAAAAAAUAUCACCCGCCGAAUAUGCAACACUAUCAUACGCUAAGUCAUCAGCAACAACAACAGCUGAUGCAGCUGCAAUUGCAACAUCAACAUCAACUGCAACAGCAGCAGCAGCAGCAGCAGCAGCAGCAACAACAGCAACAACAGCAUUCGCAUAUGCCACCACAUACUCGCCACGUGCAACAUCCUGGUCACACAAUGACCAUCAACCGAAAAGUUAUCGAACAGAACCACUACAGCGAGGAUAACCCUCCGCCAUUGCCACCAUUGAGAAAUCCUCAGAAAGCACUAGAAUCGGUUCAAGCAAUACCAAGUCUCAACGAUAGUUCCAUAAACGAACGCGAUAAACAGAUAUACAUUUGUUCAACACUCAAAAAUCCAAACAAUCAUAACACGAACAAUAAUAACAAUAGUAGUAAUAACAAUAGUAACAGCAAUGGUAACUCAACUAAUAACCCGAACAAUGUAGUUAACCACUACGGAACCAUGAAGAACAAUGCACAAACAGUAAAGAACCAAACAACAUUCAACUCGACGCCUCCAACUACGACUAAGCCAUUACCGUCGAUCAUCAACACUCCAUUGCCGGAAAUUCCCAAACAACCACAGCAGCCACCAGCACCAGCAAAAGAUGAAAUAUACGUGAAACGGAAGCUGAUUGAUCAGAACAGUAAGUUUGCCACUCUGAAGGCCAUUCCUUUGCCGAAAAUCGAAGCUUUGGAGAUUGAAGCUCAAAAGAAGAAAAUGGCCCAAGCACAACAACAAAAGCAACAGCAACAACAGGAAGCAAACACCCCUAACAGUAACACGGUGUCGGCAGCGAACGCUCCCUUGCCCCCACCACCGGUGACGACCAUGAGCAGCACCAUGACUGCAUCCCAAAUCCAAUCCCUUCCUUUGCCACCACCUCCACCAGAACUGAUAGAAGAAGAGGACCUGUUGCCUCCUCCGCCGCCACCGGUAAUGAACCACGACGGUGAAUUGAUGCUAGGCUGUGAUGAUCAAACCAACAAGCCCAAAAAUGAUCCCAAAGAAGUGAUAUACGCUACCAAGGCGGUAAAUGGCGGAAACAAGGGCGCAAGCACCAAUGGCCAAAAUGGCGGCAUUAUGAACAACAGCAACCCAACGAACACGGCUAACAAUAGCGACGAGAGUAGUUUCUAUGCGGUAACAGAGCUGUAAACUGUCACGAACUGUUCACAGACAGCGUAUAAUAGGUAGGUGUUGCAUUUUUACUUUUCCAUAGGCGAAUGAUGAUUCGUAAUGAAAGGAGAAAGGGUGAAUGAGAAAUCAAAAUAAAUCGUUACAGGCGGACUAGACGACGAUGACUACUUUAGGCUUAACUAGAAGACAGAUAAUACAAGCGAGCCAGAAAGCUGGCCUUGGUGAUUUUCCAGAAGCUCUCUGGAAUUGGUUAAACAAAUCGAUUGACUCGAUUCAGAUAUACAUUAGGAACAAGCUCGGUGUGUUGAGAUGAAACAUGGUUUUUUCAAAUGCUUGUGGGUCCAUAACGUUUUGGUUUAUUUCAUUGAUGGUUCUUCCGCAACUCUCACCGGCAUUCUUCAAAGAAUGUGUUCAAUUUUCAAGGUAUGUUUGCAGAAUCCCUUAGCACAGGGUUUUUUAACCGAUGGUUCGCGGACCCGUGACGACUAUACAGGGGGUCCGAGAAGCCAUUGUAAAUAGGUAUGUGUCAUUUUGGUUGAUGAAAAAAUGAAAGGAACCUCUUUCAACGUUUGUUAUGCGAUAGAGAAUUAUUAGCGUGUUCUAAAAAAAAUGACUAGAAAAAAUUACUUUUUUUAUGUUCAUAAUGACUGAUCAACCAAUCCCAAUUUUACCUUACUGACUUUGCAUGAUAUUUUUUUUAAGUGUGACAACAAAUCAAAUGUCGUUCGUAGAGGCCGGAGUAAAUUCAUGGCAUAUUUUUGGCUCAAUCAUUGACAGAUUUUUCCAGCUUCUUUGGAAAGUUUAAGGAAUUUGAAAUAUUUGAAAUUCUCUACUGUUUCUACUUAAACGAUUGACUGACUCUAGAGUUCAUAAUAAAAAUUUUAGCAAAUUAUUCGAACAUCUCAAACUGAUAUUUGCAGUAUGUAGUAAAUUAUAUCUUUAUUAUCGAGACUUUCAGCCGGUGACUGCUUCAGUAGUAUGUAGUGAUCAUAGAAAGAUUUCUGCAAAGAUUCUUGAUCUGACUGGGUUUUUGAAAAACAUCUGGCGAAUUUCAACGAAGUUUUGUAAUGUUGGCUUCUUGAAAGCCCAUUUCAAAUUAUUCAAUGCAGCUUGCAGAAGUGUUGCAUGAAGGACACGCAACUUUUCUUUGGAUUUUUUUUUAUCAAAAGCUUCACUAAUCGACUAAUCCUUCAACCGAGAUCUAUAUUUAUUACUCUAGAAAAUCUUUCAAAGAUGCCUACUGAUUGUUUUCCAAGAGAAUUCACAACAGUUUAUUCCAGAGUUUUUUUGUUAAGAAAAUCGAAACUCCAAGGAAAACAAAAUAAUAAAGUAAUCCUUGAGAAAAUUACUGGAGGUAGUAGCGCGGGAGUGAUCUCUGGAGCAAAUUCUGAAGAACUUUCUCAACUUGCAUGCAAUUAUGCUUUAUCUGCUUAUAUGCUGAUUUAUGUGUUUAAUUACCUACAUCAGUUAGAUUGAAGGUACUAAAUAAAAUGAAUCAAUGAAGUUUGUUGUAGCUUUGUUAUUGAAUGGGUAAUUUUUGAUUAUCUGGAAAAGUAUUGUAGCUGGUCAUCUAGAAGUAACAAUGAAUUUUGUGUGAGCAUGUUCAAAAACUCGAUCUGCAAAUGCUCGGUGGAUAGAAUCACCAAAAAAAAACAGGAUUUAAAUUUUUUUAAACAACAUCAAAAGCAGUAUUCUAUACAACUUUGACGGCAUGUAACACAAUUUUGUGAUGUGCUAUAACAUUUCUGAGAACGCAAAUGUAUUUAGCGACCUCAAAUUCACUGGAGACACAUAAUUUGAUCUUUGAGGCACGCGUUCCUUUGUGUUAUUAUUUGAUGGAACCUCAAUCAAAAAAAAAAUCUCUAAAAUGGGUUCACCAAUUUCAAUCGUUUUUUGCAACUGACUCUCAUCGAACUAUUGUUUUGAAAUGCGAUUAAUUGUUUUGGAUAAUGAGAAAAAAAAUGUAGUUUGAGUUAUUUACUUUAGUUAUUGUAUCAAUUAUUUAACAAAAUCUGGUUGAAGGGCUACGUUUUUAUUAUCCUACUAGGGUAUUCCUGACGGUACUUAUAUAUGUUUGUUAGGAACCAUGAAAAUGAGCAAAUAAAUGUCAUUAUGGACACAUAAGCAUUCGAAAAGCUACACCAUCUUACUUCGCAGAAUAGGGUUCCUUUUUAGAAUAUGUAAUUUAUUUCAAUGUAGAAUGUGCAAGUCUCAGAAACUAAGCAAAUGGUUUUAUCAAAACUUCCCUUUCACAAAGAAAAAGUCAGACAACAAAGAAACAACAGUAACCAGCAAGCACGAAUAAUUCGAAGCUUUUGUGUCUACGCUACGGGAAAUAUGAGAGUGUAAAAAAAUGUUGUUUAGACUUCUAACAAUAUUCAUAACUUUUCAAUCACGCUACAUAUGAGAAGAGAUAACGAUCUCAUGGUUUGGUUACCACUUUGAUUGGUGUUCAUUCAUUAUGUUCAUCCAUUUAGGUUAUGUUCAUAUUCAUACUUUACGCCAAAGAUUACAUGCUAGUCUGAGAAGUAAACACCUGCUCAAAUAAAAUAACAACUCUACAAACUUUACAAAUAUUAUUUUUAUUAAACCCGCAAUUCCACUUUACCGAAAGAGUUUAUUACAGUUUAGACAGAAGACUAGAGCAAAUCAACAAGAAAAAAAAACAAACGGCAUUAAAACUAAUGUUGGAA